CCAUCAGAUUUUUUUUUAAGUUCCUGGGGGAAGGUACAGUGAGCCCGGACGAGGCGAGGGAAUCGGGGUCAAAACUGUACCAAAAGGAUAAAUAUUCAUGUUAUAGCAUUCCCUAGAAGAUCGACACAAAAACAAGCUCCAACACGGAAGGUCUUGACUGCCAGAGAACGUCAAAAAUACACAUAAAAUGGCGGAGCCGGACAAAUUAAACAUCGACUCUAUAAUUCAGCGCCUCUUGGAAGUGAAGGGCUCUCGUCCGGGGAAGAACGUGCAACUGACAGAGGGGGAGAUCCGUGGACUCUGCCUCAAAUCUCGAGAGAUCUUCCUGAGCCAGCCCAUCCUCCUGGAGCUCGAAGCCCCACUCAAAAUCUGUGGUGAUGUCCACGGUCAGUACUAUGACCUGCUGAGGCUCUUUGAGUAUGGAGGUUUUCCCCCUGAGAGUAACUACCUGUUUCUUGGCGACUACGUGGACCGAGGGAAGCAAUCUCUGGAGACCAUCUGCCUCCUACUGGCCUACAAAAUCAAAUACCCCGAAAACUUCUUCCUGCUGAGAGGAAAUCACGAGUGCGCCUCCAUCAACCGCAUCUAUGGCUUCUACGAUGAGUGUAAGAGGCGGUACAAUAUAAAGCUGUGGAAGACCUUCACGGACUGUUUCAACUGUUUACCUGUGGCGGCCAUCGUGGACGAGAAGAUCUUCUGCUGUCACGGAGGCCUGUCUCCGGACCUGCAAUCAAUGGAGCAGAUUCGCAGAGUGAUGAGGCCCACAGAUGUGCCGGACCAGGGCCUGCUGUGUGACCUGCUCUGGGCCGACCCCGAUAAGGACGUGCUCGGGUGGGGAGAGAACGAUCGUGGUGUCUCCUUCACCUUUGGAGCAGACGUCGUGGCGAAGUUUCUGCACAAACACGACAUGGAUCUAAUAUGCAGGGCGCACCAGGUGGUAGAAGACGGUUAUGAGUUUUUCGCAAAGAGGCAGCUGGUCACUUUGUUCUCGGCUCCAAACUACUGCGGCGAAUUCGAUAACGCCGGCGCCAUGAUGAGCGUGGACGAAACGCUCAUGUGCUCCUUCCAGAUUUUGAAGCCAGCCGACAAAAAGCUGUACCCCUACGGAGGAGGGGGCGGUCUGGGCUCCGGUCGACCUGUUACCCCCCCACGAAAUUCAGCCAAGGCCGCCAAGGCUAAGAAAUAACACCCACUGUCUGCACCGCCACAGCGCACCCUAGCUGUCCUGAUCCAACAUUACACCCUCCUCUCUCUGGCCGCGUCUCAUUCUUCUCUCCUCACAUCCUUCUCCUUGAUUCCUCUCCUCGAGUCUCCAUUUUUCAGCUGUGAAUCAGAUGUGUCAUAUUAAGUGGUGCCCCAAAUAAAACCACGGAAGGAAGGAGUAAACAUGUGGGAGGCUUCAGGAUGAACACAUCAGAGAAAAGAAUCAAAACUUUAUCGGUCUCAGUGAAGAGUUUAUAUCCUCUCUCCUCGCUGUGUCUCCUCUGUGGGCGGGACUCCCUCACUCAUUUCCUGCAGAAUCGAGGAGAGGAAUCAAGGAGAAGGAAACAAGGGAAGAGAAUUGAGAUGCGGCAUUUCUUUCUCUCUUUUUCUCUCUCUUUCUCUCUCUUUCCUCUACCUCCCAGCCUCCCUCCUUCAGCAACAGAUGCGUGAUAAACCAGGGUUCAAUCGUGAUUCUUCUGGAUAGGACUAUUUUUAAACUAAUGUUGCUGUUUUUUGAGUUUUUCGGCGUGAGUGCGUGUACAAAGCGAAAUUGCUGUAUUGUAUGUUUGUGUAACUUUUUCUUGUUUUUGUUUAAAGGCAUUGACCAGUGUUUUGCCAGAGAAGGUCACAUUUAAUAUGAAAAAAAUUGAUGAUUUAUUUGUAAGCAGUUGUUAGUAUAUUAAAUUGGAGAAGCAGACAGGUACUACUACUACCACUUUUACUUCUCCUUCUUGGGUUUUGUCUAACAGAUUAAUUGUUAAGAAUGAUUUAAUCUGGGGUCAUAUUUGUUGUGACUAGUCUAUCAUUUUAUAUUACAAUGGUUACAAUAUAUACUGACCCCUUGUGGUUGGAAUUGGCAUUUUGGGCUCAUUCAGAACUCUUAGAAUAAAAUCAUUUCUUCCUUUUUAAUGGUUCAUUUUGUAACUUUUUUAGAGGGUCUGUCGCUUGCUUGUGUCCAUGGAGAUGUCCUUGCUUUGCCUGGAAAGUUCCAUUUUAAGGCAUUAAACAUAUUUAUCUUUCAUGUAUUCAAUUGUAGGACAGCUUGUCUGAGAUAGAGACGCUUAAUACAAUACAGUGGAACAUUCCAAGCAAAGUAAUAACAUUUCCAUAGACAACAAGUGGCUGACAUGCUACUAGAAAGGUUUCACAGUGCAUCUUUAAUUUAUUCUCAUAACAUCUGGUUAAAUUUCUACCCAUUUUACUUACUACUUCAAGCGACCAUUGUGGAAAGUUAUCUUCAUGGCAACAACUAAAUAAAAUGACAUCAAGUACACCAUCACCCUGAAUAAUAGUAGUUUUAAAUGGUUUAAAAUGUAUUAAUUAAACAAAACAAACUCCUCUUUUUGCCCCUGUCUGCUCCUCCAGAUCUGAUAUAUACUUUUAACUACCUCCUUUAGGGACCAGGUCUGUCUAAACAAAUCCUACUUUUCCAAAACACUGGCCUCUGCCUUUAAACUAUUGUAAAUCUACGGUGGCCGUUGGGGGACAAAAUGCUGGGAUGUAUUGUGGCUACUGGGAGCACAUGAAACCACUCUGGGGUUGCACUAGUGGAGCUAUGUGCAUCCUGAAUUGUAAAUUAAAUAUACUAUAAGACGAAUGAAUUUUUUGCAACUUUUCUUCCCCUAAACUUUUAUUUUGAAAAACCAAUGAGUGGAGAAUGCAGUCGAGGAUGUGAAAUAGUUUUUGCGUUUUAUUUGUUUUUGUAGAUAUUUGGAACGGACAUUAUUGUUUUGAGUUUUUUUUAAUUCACAACAUCCCUUAACCAUUUGCAUCUCAUCUUAAGUAAAAAACUACCAAUUUUAACAAUAUUUCAAGGUUUCACUGUGUAAGUUUUCUGUUGGUAAGCUGCCAUCUUCUUGUUUCUAUGGAGAUGUGAUUGCAUUACUUGGAAUGUUCCCCAGUAUGGCAUUAAAACAUGGCAUUUAUUUAAUUACAGAGAUUUUUAUUGAUCAAAAAUGCAUUGAAAAACAUGCAUUAAACUUACUGUAAGCUGGCUCGCCUUUCCACAGAUCCAGCCUUUUGGUUUCAGUUGCUUGUUUCAUGUUGUAGAUAGUUUAGUUUAAAACCAUAUUGUUGAACUUUCUUGAUAAAGCAGCAACGUCUCCACGGAAACAAGAAGACGGCAGAUUAUCUAUUAAAAAGAUACACAGUGCAGCUUUAACUAGAAAAUGUUCACGUUAUUAAGAGUUUGACCCAUUUCAUAGUAAAGCGGUGGUCUUUAUUAAUAGUACAUUUAAAUACAAAAUCUUAUAUCAAAUAACUUGUACAAAGGAAACUAUUUACUUGGACCUGAAAGUGCUCUAAAUAUUACUAUAUAAGUGGCAUUUGAAUGGAAGAAAAUGAAGGACUGCUAUUGACACCUGCUAUGUAUUUAACUUAAAAUCUAUGAAUGUUUUGAAUAUUAACAUCAUUAGCUUCACUAUGUAGAUUCUUGUACCAUGCCAAACAAAAAACUGCUUUUCGAUUUGAUAUCUUAGGGCUACAAUAGGACAGCUAACGAAAUAAUGUGAAUUCAUGAGUUUAAUUUCUAUCCAGAUCUAUUUUUAAACUGUAAAUGUCAUCUGUACUGUCCUUUUUGUUUUCAUCCAAUGGCAAACAGGGUUCUCCCAAAACGCAGUUUCUACCUUUCUCCUAUAAUAGUCUGCACCAACCAGCCAGUACAUUAAAACAAAAACAUGAGUGAAGUUUAAAUUAUUAUUUUAAAUGCAUUCAUUAUGGUGUUUUUUGUAGGUGGGAAAUAUAAAGUAAACCGCUUGUUGUCAAAGUUGGCAUGUUUGGACUAAGCAGGAAAACUGGGUAAGGAUUUGAGUAAGUUCGAAAGGCUGAAAGAUUUGAGCUUUUGUUGGAGAUUCCUAAUGUACAACACUAGGCAGUAUCUGUCAUGGUGAUUUUAGUCCUUGGUUAGACUUUGGUUAGUCCUGGUUUAGUCCUGGUUUAGUGCAGCUCUUAUGGGAUGUUAUUGGUAUACAUUGGUCAGUAUACAAGAGUUUUUAAGGUUUUAAAACUGGUUUCGGCCUGGUUUAGACCUGGGUUAGACCUGGGUUAGUCCUUGUUUAGACCUGGGUUGGACCUGGUUUAGUGAAGCUCUUGUUGGAUGUUACCGGUCUGCAUUGGUCAGCAUAUAAGAGCAGUUUUAGACCUGGUUUAGUAUUGUUUUACUGCAGCUUUUGUCAGGGAUCCCAAUAUCCUGUGGCCAGUAUUUAUUAGAGAAGUGGCAGUCCUGGUUUAGUCCUGGUUUAGUCCUGGUUUAGUCCUGGUUUAGACCUGGUUUAGACCUGGUUUAAUAAAGGUUUAAUACAACUCUUGUGGGGUGUUCUCGAUCUGAAAUGUUCAGUAUUGAUGAGAGCAGCUUUAGUCCUAGUUUAGUCUUGACUUGGACCUUGGUUAGACUCUGUUAAUCCUGGUUUAGUCCUUAGUUAGGCCUGUUUAAAUUUACAGCUAUUCUUCAUUCUAAUACUAAACUGACUUGUUUCUCACUGCAUCACAAAAUAUCUUAGAGAUAUUACUUUUUUUGUCCUUUUGUUUUGGCUGGUUGGUGCAAAUAAAGUGUUUUUUAACUGUCAGGGUAUUAUCCAACCUCCUUUCAUUACAUUUUAUCUGACAGAGCAUGCCUGCAUUGUUUGCCUAAUUUCUCUUCAUUAAUCUCUUAAUAACUUAUUAUGACAUUGCAAGUUUCCCAUGACAAAGAAAGUAGAGGUGCUAUUUAAAGAUGGCUGCCACUUUUACUGACUUCCAAAUGUAUUUCCCAGAGCUACAAACUCUCAGAUUUAACCGUUAUUUGAUUUUGUUUAGUUACAUUUUUGUUUUUUUGUUUUUUUUUGUUUUUUUUUUUUAAUAUAAACUUGACAUGAAAACGCUUGGGCAGUUGACAAAAUAACAGAAAUUCUAGCAUUUUGUGUGUCCUAUUUAAAACACUAUUGCAUAACUACAAUUAAUGAUUUUUUUCUACCCCAAAGCUUAUAACGUCAUGCUACUUACUGGUCAUUUAGUAUGCGCUGCACCGUAGUUGUGACCCCCUCUGCUGGUCAUCGGAGGGAGCUGUUGCUUUAGUGAUUUUUGCAUAGGUAAACUGCUAGAAAAUCCCGUAAUAUUAUACUGAAGUCAAUGUUAUAAUGUUAUCAUGAUGUCAUUAAUUAUACAUCAGAUACACACAAUUACACAGAUGAAAUGGCUGGUUAAUUCUUGAAAUUUAAUGCUUUUAUUUAGACACUUCACUUUUGGACCUAAUUUUUUCCAUAUUUUUCAGUGUUUUUUCCACAAUCUGGCAACUAGAGUAACCUAAAACUACUAAAACACCUAUAUCUCCAAACUUAACCCUUUUUAAAACUAUUUUACAGACAAUAUCAUUUCAAAAUCAUGUUAUUGUGCUAUAUAUAGUGUGUUCAACUCACAUCCAGUAACUCAGGAAGUGAAGUCUGUUUAUCAGUAGUCUCCAUACUUUUUAAAUGCAACUGAUCCCAUAUAUUUUAAGAUCAAAUCCACUUCUCUCUCUAACAAACGCGAUUGGAACAGCUAAUUUCACUUUUUUUAAAACUACUACUGCCUUUGCCCAUUUUAUUUGUCAGAUGAAAACCCUAUUAUAAGCUCAAAUUGUACAGAAUGUAUGGCAUUAUAAUAUAUAGCAGUUUUUUAGUCCAGUUUUAGUGUUUUUUUUUUUUCUUUCUAUCUAAAGCUGAAAUUAAGCUGGAACAAUAUUAAACCACCAUUCCCAUCGCUGUAUACACAAUAGCUUUUUGAUUUCACCAUGCUAUUUCCAUUGUCAUAUACCUCUAUUUUCCCAUCUUCUUUUUACUAAUAAUAAUGUUAACGCUUUGACACAGCAUAUAAACUAGUGUAGGAUUUUUUUAACCAAUCAGGGAAUACGCCACGCACUGUCGCUGGGUAGAAUAUUAUUGUAACUAUGAGAAAGAUGAUGAUGAUACAAUAACAGAAAUGAACAGUAUUUCUGCUUUGUAUUUUAUUGUUUUCAAAUCACAAACUGUCUCUGUUACAAAGUAGGAAUAAAGUUAGAAAAUUUUGUAUAA